AUGGCAGAAGCCAGAAUUUCAGUGGCUCAGGACCAGUUCAUCUGUCCAAUUUGUCUGGAGCUCCUUACGGAUCCAGUGACCAUCCCAUGUGGACACAGUUACUGCAUGAGCUGUAUUACAAGCCACUGGAAUCAGGAAGAUCAGAGGAGAACCUACAGCUGUCCACAGUGCAGAAAGACCUUCACACCGAGACCUGAUUUAGGCAAGAAUGUGAUGAUCGCCGAAAUGGUGGAGAAACUGAAGAAGACUGAACUCCGAGAUGCUGUUCCUGCUCGACCUGGAGACGUGAAGUGUGACGUCUGUACUGGACGGGAAAACAAAGCGGUCAAGUCCUGUCUGGUGUGUCUGAACUCUUACUGUCAGACUCAUUUUAAACACCAUGAGGAGUUUCACCCUGGUAAACGACACAAAGUGAUCGAAGCCACUGGACGACUGAAACAGAUGAUCUGCCAAAAACACGAUAAGAUUCUGGAGGUUUUCUGUCGCACUGACCAGCAAUUUAUUUGUGUUCUGUGUGUGAUGGAUGAACACAGAAACCAUGAGACAGUAUCAGCCGCAGAAGAAAUGACUAAGAUGCAGGGUCAUAUGAGGGAGAUGCAGAAAACAUUCCAGCAGAAAAUCCAGAAGAACGAGACGAAGCUUCAGGAACUGAGAGAGGCUGUGGAGUCGUAUAAGCGCUUUGCGCAGGCAGCAGUGGAGGACAGUGAGAAGAUCUUCACGGAUCUCAUUCGAUCCAUCGAGAGAAGCCGCUCUGAGAUGACACAGCUGAUCAGAGCUCAGGAAAGAUCUUCAGUGAGUCGAGCUGAAGAACAACUAGAGCGCCUGAAGCAGGAGACCGCUGAUCUGAAGAGGAAAAACACUGAGCUGGAGCGGCUUUCAGACACAGAUGAUCACAUCCAUUUACUCCAGAGUUUCCAGUCUCUCUGUGUGUCUGGAUCUUCAGAAUUAUCCAGGAUCAUCAUCAGUUCUCGUCCCUCUUUUGAUGAUGUCAGUAAAUCUGUCGCUAAACUCAGAGACCAGCUAAAUCAGUGCUGCAGAGAGCAGAUAGAAAACACACCUGGCACAGUCAAACACAUGCGGAUAAUUCUUGGCCCUGAUUUUGAGACCAGAGAUGAAUACCUCAGAUAUUUCCAUCAGUUCACUCUGGAUCCCAACACAGCGAGUAAACACCUUCAACUCUCUGAUGGGAACAGGACGGUUACUAGCACUGUGACAGGCCUGCUGUAUCUUGACCAUCCGGACAGAUUUGAUUCCGUAGUUCAGGUGUUGUGUAGAGAGAGUGUGUGUGGACGCUGUUACUGGGAGGUCGACUGCGCUCAGAAUGAACGUUUGGGUGUAUCGCUGUCUUAUAAGAGCAUCAGCAGGAAGGGACGUGGCAAUGAGAGUAAGUUUGGACAUAAUAACCAGUCCUGGAUUUUGCUGUGCUCUUCCCCCAAAUACACAUUCCUGCACAACAAUAUAAAGACUAAAUUCACCCUAGAGUCCAGCUUCUCUAGGAUAGGAGUGUAUGUGGAUCACGGAGCUGGAAUCCUGUCCUUCUACAGCGUCUCUGACACAAUGAGCCUCAUUCAUAAAGUCCAGUCCACAUUCACUCAGCCGCUCUAUCCAGGGUUUCUACUGCAUAGAAAUGUAUCCGUGAAAUUGUGUCAUGUAACAACAUAAACACAUAUAAGAAUCAUCUAUAUUAGAAAUCAGUAAUUGUGAGAUGCUUAUGGGUCUAAUUAAAAGUCAAAAGUGAAUGUCACAUCAUGAACUACAAACAGUUUGAAUAUGAACAAACAAUUAGUUCAGA